AUGCCACCAACCUACAGUAUUCUUCUCCCCACUUACAAUGAGCUGGAAAAUUUGCCGAUUUGCAUCUACUUGAUUGAAAAAUACCUUCGAGACAUCAAAUACGAGGUUAUAAUCAUUGAUGAUGCUAGUCCAGACGGGACUUUGGAUGUCGCGAAAAAACUUCAGGCUGAAUAUGGUGAAGAUAAAAUCGUUUUACGGCCGCGAGAAGCAAAGCUUGGCCUCGGAACCGCUUACAUACAUGGAUUGAAACAUGCUCGUGGAGAAUACAUUAUCAUAAUGGAUGCUGAUCUUUCCCAUCACCCAAAGUUUAUUGUGGACAUGAUAAAGCUACGAGAAGAAGAUAGCUUAGACAUUGUGACUGGAACUCGAUACGUUGGAAGUGGUGGUGUGUCCGGGUGGGAUUUCCGAAGAAAGCUCAUUUCGAAAGGAGCGAAUUUUCUAGCUCAGUUUCUUCUCAAUCCGGGCGUCUCCGAUCUCACUGGAUCUUUUCGUCUUUACAAAAGAGAAGUACUUGCACGAUUAGUAAAAGAAAGUGUUUCGAAAGGAUAUGUGUUUCAGAUGGAAAUGAUGUUUCGUGCACGUAAAGCCGGAUAUCAAAUUGGCGAGGUUCCGAUAACGUUUGUGGACCGGUUCUUUGGUGAGUCAAAACUUGGAGCGCAGGAAAUUGUGAGCUAUGCGAAAGGGCUCCUCUAUCUAUUCUUCACAGUGUCA